AUGGCGUCGGCAGCAGCGAACGUAAUGGAAUGGAGACAAAUUGUAGACCGAGUAAUAACUACAUGGGGUGGUUACCAGCUAGGAGUGGAUUUCAACUCUGGAGGGCCGGAAACGUUAGCAAAAGAUGAGGCCAUGGUUCAAAGAGAUUGUUACCGAAUACACGUUGACCACGCGUGGUCUGAAAGCAGACGAUUUGGAGGAAUGGUUGAACAGUGUUUUGUACACCGAAUUCACCUUAUAUUGGAAGACGAGAGCGUAUACCCUACAUCCGUAUUCCUGUUAGAAGCCCUCGGGUAUUUGCGACACAACGAUCGUGUUCAUCUUGAACGAUUGAUGUCCACACUUCCUUCGUAG